AUAAAGGAUCAGGAAUAUAAUGACUGUGCAAAGUCUGUAAUCCGAAAAUGUUACGAAAACAAUUUACGUUUAUGCCUUUAAUCCUCACAACAGUUAUUGGAGGAUUUUGUAUAUUCUGGAUUGAUUCACUGUUGUUUAAAACGAUACAAGUCCCCACACAAAGACAAAAACCUCUAUCGUUAAUAGUGAAAGAGAAAUACGACACAGGACCAAUACUUACUCAAAAAUCGUCUUGCUUUUUGUGCGAGGACGAAGAUUACGGAAUGAAAUGGAAAAGUUUGGUGCAAAACGAAUCUUGUCAAAAUGAAAUGUAUGAACGAUGUUUUCAGAAUGUCACCAAAAAUAGACGAAGUUCAACGCAAGUUUUAUCUAUUGUUCGACGUUGCCAGUUACAACAUUGUAAAUGUAGCAAUCUCCAAACACGUGAUUGGUGCAUGACAUCCCAGUGUGGUGUCGAUCUAUAUUGCUGCGAGGAAAAACAUUUGCAGUGUUUCAAAAUAUUCAAUUAUUGGCUAUAUACGUAUUUUAGAAGUUAAGAUAGAAAAGUGUACUAUAUAAUCAACAGCAAUCCUUCAUGAUCAAUGUUAGUCCUUGUGGUAAAUAAUACAUAAUGAUGAAUCGGUAUAUCAAACCAAAAUAAGAUACAGUUAAAAAGAA